GUUCCCUCCCAAUCCCAAAUAAGAAAAGGAAGAAAACCCUAAAGCAGAAGUUGUUCAAUUCCGUGUCAAUUUUCUCCAGCUGAGCUGCCUGCUGCAAACGCAAUCAAUUCAAUCCCCGCACUCUUCAAGCUGCGUGUCUCAAUCACCUCCGUAGAAUGAUUUGAUGGGUUCGAUUCGAUUGCAACACCAUCGCCAUUGUCACCACCUCAGGCUCAGCUGCCCCGCUCCCCUCUCCAUUACACACCGGCGGCGGAGAAGCUCGACUCAGACUCUUAUCACCAUCCCGAACCCUCCCAUCGCCGCCGCCACCAGACCUCUCGACCUUUCCGGAUCAUGGCAAUGGCAGGGGCGAAAACCAUUGCGAUUUGUCAGCUGGGGGGAGAAUUCCACACCGAAAACGACGGUUCCUUGUCCUACAGAGGCGGAGAUGCUCACGCCAUUGACAUCGACGAUCAAGUGAACUUUGCUGACUUCAAGAUGGAAGUCGCCGAGAUGUUCAACUGUGGCGGCGGUGGGGGCGCCACCUUCAACUCCAACAUCUCUCUUAAGUAUUUCCUCCCCGGAAACCAGAAGACCCUUAUCACCAUCUCCAACGACAAGGACUUUCAACGCAUGCUCCGCUUCCAUUCCCAUUCCCUCACCAUUGAUGUCUACGUCUUCAUCGACCAACCCCCUCUCCCUGACUUCUCUAGCUUCCCUGCUAGCAGAUCAAGCAGAACCACUCUCUCCGAAGCACAGCAAUUGCCUCCAGCGACUGACCAUGUCCCUGAUGCUGAAGGAGAAGAUGUUAUAGAUGCCCACCAUGAUAUAACUCUUGCGGAUAUUGUUGAUGACACCACCAGCCAGGUUGACAUCCACAUCGAUUUACCUCAAGAAAUGUCACCGCUUCUUCCUCUAAUGGCUUCCACUUCCAGCAACGAGAAGCAUCAUGUCAAAGCUGUGGAGCAGUGGCAGGACACUAUCACUGGUGUGGGUCAGAGAUUCAGCAAUGUCAAUGAAUUUAGGGAAUCCUUGCGUAGGUAUGCAAUUGCCCAUCAGUUUGCUUUCAAGUACAAGAAGAACGACAGUCAUAGAGUCACUGUCAAAUGCAAAGCUGAAGGUUGUCCAUGGAGGAUUCAUGCUUCCCGGUUGUCGGAUACUCAGCUCAUUUGUAUCAAGAAGAUGAACCCUACACAUACAUGUGAUGGCUCAGUGCUUACAACUGGGAACCAAGCGACUCGAAGCUGGGUGGCUAGCAUAAUUAAGGAGAAGUUGAAAGUUUUCCCAAAUUACAAGCCCAAGGAUAUUGUGAACGACAUCAAGCAAGAGUAUGGAGUCCAACUGAACUACUUCCAAGCAUGGAGGGGGAAGGAAAUUGCCAAAGAACAACUCCAGGGUUCAUUCAAAGAUGCAUACAAUCAGCUGCCAUUGCUGUGUGACCAGAUAGUUGAGACUAAUCCUGGAAGUCUUGCUACUUUUACUACAAAAGAGGAGGACUCUAGCUUCCAGCGCUUGUUUGUCUCGUUUCAUGCUUCCUUGUCUGGCUUUCUCCAAGGAUGUAGGCCUCUGCUUUUCCUUGACAGUAUAUCUUUGCAGUCUAAAUACCAGGGGGCAUUGUUGGCUGCAACUGCUGCAGAUGGAAAUGAUGAAGUCUUCCCCGUGGCCUUUGCUGUGGUGGAUACAGAAACUGAUGAAAACUGGCAUUGGUUUUUGCUGCAGUUGAAAACUGCUCUGCCAACUUCUUGUCCACUGACAUUUGUUGCAGACCGACAGAAGGGUCUGAAAGAAUCGAUUGCUGAGGUAUUCGAAGGCUCUCAUCAUGGUUACUGCUUAAGAUACCUGACCGAGCAACUUUUUAGAGAGCUGAAGGGGCAGUUCUCACACGAAGUGAAGAGACUCAUUAUUGAAGAUUUAUAUGGAGCUGCCUAUGCACCUAGGCCAGAGGCAUUUCAGCAGUGCAUUGAGAGCAUCAAAAGCAUUUCCCCAAAAACCUAUAGUUGGAUCAUGCACAGUGAGCCCCAAAACUGGGCCAACUCAUUCUUUCAGGGGGCAAGAUACAAUCAUAUGACAUCAAAUUUUGGAGAGCUCUUCUAUAGUUGGAUGUCAGAUGCUGAUGAACUACCAAUAACACAGAUGGUUGAUGUAUUGAGGGGGAAAAUCGCAGAGUUAGUCUAUGCAAGGAGGUUAAAUGGUGAUCAGUGGCUGACAAAGUUAACUCCUUCUAUGGAGGAGAAGUUGGAUAAGGAGAACCUAAGCAUUGGCGCACUUCAGGUGCUUCUCUCAGCUGGCAACACAUUUGAGGUUCGUGGGGAAUCGGUCGCUGAAGUUGUUGAUGUUGACCACUGGGAUUGUAGCUGUAAAGGGUGGCAGCUUAGUGGGUUACCUUGUUCCCAUGCACUUGCUGUGAUAGGUUGCAUUGGCAGGAGUCCUUACGAUUAUUGUUCUAGGUAUUUCUCUACCGAUUGUUACAGAUUAACUUAUUCAGAGUCGGUCCACCCUAUACCACAAGUGGAGAGGCCUAGUGAGAGAAAGCCUUUGAACGGAGGAGUAGUGACUAUCACCCCUCCUCCUACUCGGCGUCCCCCUGGACGGCCCACCACAAAGAAAUAUGUAACGCAGGAGACUAUGAAACGUCAACUCCAGUGCAGCAGAUGCAAAGGUCUUGGACACAACAAGUCAACAUGCAAAGAGAAUUUGUAAUAAGGUUUACGCGCUGGAGGACUUCAACUCAUCACGGAGCAAUGGCAGCGGCCUGGACUUGUAAAAUGUAGUAAACCGUGUUAGUGAAAAAGCUGAUUAGUGAUUGUCUUUUCGGUUCGGGCUGUUGUUUAUUUUCUCAAAUCCACUUGGGAGUUGCAACUGUAAUGUAGAGAGGCAGCCGGAGGUUACAAUGAUGAUGUAGUAUGGCUUCAACAUCUUAAACCCCUUCAAAAUGGGUAAUUGUUGUAUUCAUAAUUAUAGAAGUUGCUGACUUCUGAGAGCCAGAGUACACGGUUCAAUUCAUCAAACUUCUGGCUAUUUUCGUCACAAAUAUAGCGGGUCUCAAGUCGCGAGCUUGAUGAAAUCGUAGUAAGCUUCCCUCAUUUCAGCUUUUCUUCACGCAGUGGAUGAUGCAGUUCCAGGCGACCUUUUUCGCCGUCUUGCCAGCAUAAUAAGCUUUUCAAAGUGAAUGAGGUGCUUUCGGACCCGGUAUGUAUGUAUGCUAUACAGAAGGGCAGCCAUGGUUACAGCAGCGAAGGAUAUCAAACUCAGCUUCCAGAAAUCCUUUGGGUCUGAGAUGAUUAUGCCCAUCACAUAACCCAGCAGAUCAAGAGCAGAUUGAAGAGAGUUCUGAACACCUCCGACAAUGCAACGAUCAGAUUCAGCAACACGAUCCUUCAAUUCAUUUGGCACAAGGGAAGAUCAUAACAAAAGGAAUCAUAAGCAUCUUGGGUAAAACAACUACAAGAGGGAAAAUUUUGGUCAGGAAUUCAUUUUUGACCUGCAUUUGCUGGACCACAGAUAAGUCGAACAUCCAUAAGCCAAGUCGAGAUGUUGCGACUCCAGCCAUGAGCAUAUAUGCAGAUGGUUUCUGGCUAUGGACCCAUAUUCCACCCACACAUACAACAAGGCAAGCCCACUGCAUGAAUUUCAUAUUUUGCAUCGAAUUGAUAUUGUGUGAUCUUCAGUAUACUGAACCCUUUCUCGCAUAUAGGUAAACCUUUUAGUAGGAGCUUGGAAUACCUGAUACCAUACAGACCAAAGCCCCGUUCUGAGAGUUGAAAGCUGAGACUGCAUGAUUGGGUAUACAGAAGUAGCAGAUAUUCCGAUGGUGGCGCUUACACCUCGACCUAUCCCAAUUACAUAAGCAGGAAUUCCCUCCCACUCUAAUGUUGCUGUCAUCAGGGUGCCAAAGCUGGGCAAAAAAAGCAGAAUCAUCAAUUCGGCAUAACUUUGAAACAGAAUGCACGCACGCGUCGCACACACUUACCUGAUGACUGUGAAAAACAGCAAGGCAAGAGCUACACCAGGGAGCACAGUACUUUGUUUCAAGUACACUCUCCAAGAGCUAAUGAAGUGGAGGCUGUAGAGCCAUUCACAUACUUUGGCUCCCCGUCCCUUACUAUCAAAUCCUGCACCAUGAGGAUCAUCUCUUGGUGGCGAAAAUCUUGAAUCCCUCUUUUUGUGGUUACUCUCGCCUAGAGCUGGGAUCCCUUUAUACACAGACAUGAAGAGCAGGUAUUCCAGCCCUACUGCUGCAAUGUUCCAGCAGGAUAAAGUUAUGGCAGAUGCUUUUAAUGAUACAAAGCUGAUGAUGAAACCAGAGACCACUGGUGCCAGAAGCUUGCAGGUCAGAUCGAUCCGUCUGAUGGUUGAGUUGGUCUUUGUUAGCACAUCUGGAGGAUGGCCUUCCGAAAUUACCACUACCCUGUGAAAAACAGUAAUUUCAGACAGUCGCCACAUACUGUGUGGUAAUCAUCAAAGGGAGCCAACGGCAGUAAGUAAGCUAACCAUUCUCUUUCUAUCAAAAUGGUGCCAGCAAGAGUGGAAAGGGAGCCAACGGCGCCAGAGGCGUUGGCCAAUGCAACCAGCGAGACGAAGGCUGUGAAGUUUGUGGACUUGAGAGUCGGAAAGAGGAACAAGGCGACGACAGUGCCACCAGCAACCAUGAAAGAGAGAUUCUGAGCCACUAACCAUAGCCGAAGGACCUGUCCAAAAGCCCAAAAAUUGUACCAAGGUUGGCAUUAAUGCAACAGUAAAGCAUCAGAAGUAGGGGAGAACUGAUCGAUUGGUGAAACCAACCUGUACGUAAGUGAGGCGUUGAACCCAUUCUCCGAUUGUUGGACCCAAAAGUGCAGUGGAAGCAGAUUCAACAGCACCGUAAACAGCUGCCAGGACUAAAGAUCUGGGCCAAAGAUUGAUCAUGUACAGCCCCACACAGAAUUCCCACAUCCUGCAUGGUUUCGCCAGCCCAUGUAACGCCGGGAAAAAAAGAGUGGGAAGAGAUGAAGUGAAGUGAAUAGUAGCGAUCACGUGGAGAAGAGAAGAGAGCAACAAAUAACCUCACCUGGCAUCCCAUCUGGCCAAGAAUUGGGCAAUGUAGAGAUUCCUGAGGAGAGAUGUGUCAAGAGAAGAGGAAGUAGAAAAAGAAGAAGAAGAAGGAGAAGAAGGCAAAGGUGGGCAGGUUUCGUCCACGUCUCUCUCUUCUUCCACCUCCUCUUCUUCUCCUUCUUCUUGGUGGUGUUGUUGCAGCGGUGGUAGUUGGUUUUGAUUGUUAAUUACAAGCGGUGGCUGAGGAUCCGCUGUAGCCAUGCAAAUACAGAGACUAGAACUACGCUGGAGCGGACAGUAGUUGAGCUGUUUGCUUAAUUUUUACUGUGGGCAUGCUUCUGGUCUGUUGCAGCUAGCAAGCAGAGGGGUUACUCAUUACUAGACGUUGCAGUAAUUGAAGGUGGUGGUGACUGAGUGUACGAAAGGAUGAGGCAGAGGGAGGUUAAAAGACGUACGGUGAGGAACGGACGGCUGGAGGGAUGCUUGGCCCCACCGAACGGCAAUAUGUUGCAUCAUCCUUCUUUUAUUUUUUUUUACCUUACGCAACAUACAGAGAGUAGAAAAGAUUUUUACCGAAAAAAGGAAGGGCAGAAAAGAUACGUUAUGUGUAGGCCACGUUAUGGGUAGGCGUCUUACUCGGUUUGAUUAUAAUUUUGUUAGUAGGUUGGAUUAUAAUCGGAAUCGUUUAUUUGAUUUUCGUUUAGUUGUUUAAUUAAUUUGUGUUUAUCACUAUGUGCUAACUGCAUAGUUUAUGUUAGUAGAUUAG